AGGCUUCGUGGUUGAGAAUGAUCGUGAAAAUUAAUCGUAGGACUACAGGUCAUUUCGUAGAAGGUCUAUGAUGUCAUUGUCCUCGUCGUUUUUGAGGUAGGCAUGAAUUUGAAUAUUUAUUGGUUAUCGGCGGCUUUUCUGAUAAAGUAGAACUAAGACGCGUUGUCUCAACAUGGUGUAAAAGCCAGGAAAAAAUGUUGCCUCAGCGAUCUUGUGCUUGUCGUGUUGAAGCAGCAACCGGGCGAGUGAAUGUUGAUGAGGACGCGUAGAAGCUGGUUAUUUUGAGCCGUAAGAUCAUUGGUCCGGGAACGACAAGUAGGAGUCGAGAGCACUUUUUUACCAUCACCUUUCCUCGAAACACCAUGUCACCAGCACAUGUGGAAUGAAUGGCCGGAGGACCCUGACGAUUGCAUAGCUGCCGCGUAUUAAUACGAGGGGCAGGGCCUGCAAUAGAAUGUCGUCCAUGUUGGCGUCAUUGAGCAUGAGAAUGCUCUUGGUCUUCCUCGGGUUGCACUGCCACAGGACGGUCAUAUUAGUGGGUGCUGCGUUUCCAUCCUCACCAAUCCUGGCGAAAGAAUUUCGAGCACCAGCCAGAAUACUUGCAGAAACUACAUCGGCAUCGAGCCACGAAGAUCGUGAACAUGAUGUUGUACAGGACGACCACGACAAUACAAAUAGAGGUAAAAGAAGUGAGCAAGAAUUGUUGGGAACUCCUUCUACUGGUCUUCAAGCAAAAGAAAAUAUGGUACCUAGAAGUAGGAGUAGAACUCCAUCAAACGAGGAAAUACACAAUGCAAACAAGGACAAGGCACGCGAUGCCGAUAACAGGAAGCCACGGCUUCUCCUGUCAGCAAAUAGACAAGGCACACCGAGGAGGAAAACGUCUGAAUCUGAAUCAGACGACCAUCAAGUCGCGAACGGAAAGGUAGAACAAACUUCUGUAGAUUUGUCAACAACUUCUGCAAGAACAACUUCAAGGCAUGAAGAAAGAACGAGCAGGAGAACGACUGGAACAAGUUUUCAACCUAUUGACCGCCCCCACCCGCACCCCAUGCCCCUGCCCAUGAAAGCACAUAGUAUUAAAGAUGAAAAACAAGUAGAACUAGAACUAGCAGACCAACUACUACCUGAACGCGAACGACCACUGCACGAAAGGCUUUUUUCAGAAAGCAGAUCGUUGAUGGCAGUUACAUGCAGACAGCUUUGCAUGUCCGGUUUCGGUAGUCGUGGCGACGCGUUCAAUGGCAAGUAUCAGUGGCGAUCGCGGCGUUGGCAGCAUGAUUCAGGGCAAGUGGAAAUAAGUCCGCUCUCAGGAACCAUCGAAGGCUGGGUCGCACAUGCUAUCGACAACAUCGCAAGUCCUGUACUGAACAGAUUUUUACAGCGAUACAUAGAAGUAGAUCUUGUUCUAGAAGAAGGCUCAUUUCUUUUUAAGUCGUAGUAGGCGCGAAGAUUUUCAUUGUGAUGUUGAUUUUGAAGAAAGGGCGUUGGUUGCACUUGCAUCAUCUGCUGCAAGACCUCCACUGGUUUGUCCAGAUUGGAGAGAUGCCUCCAGCAUUUUAGAACACCAGCUCGACCACCUGCUUUCCCACGAGGAUUAUACUUAGCUCCCUACGUGGUAAUACACGAUCUAUCAGGUCUUCAAAGAGAGCGGCGGUUCUUCGGUCUCGCUUGAUGGCAACAUGCCAGAAACAAAGAGCUGGACGCAUCUCGCGUCUGGUGAUAGAUACCGUAAGGCUUUCCCCAAUUCAUCUUAAGAAGCAUUUUGCAGGCUUUCCCUCAGGGGAAAGCACGGUAAAGAUUAAGCUGCUCUUGCUGCUCUACGAGAUGAAUACAAAGUUGACAAGCUCUAAAUACCACGUUAAAGCGGAAUGCUGCGAUGUUUCGGGAUCCGUGGUUGGCCAAAUGUUUUCUUCUGCAACCCUCACCGGACGCUCAGACGAUGUGGGCCUCACUGUGCUAGUUUACUUAUGACACAGCACUCAGCAGGAUAAGAUGAAGUCGAAAGAUCAAGAUGUAGUUCUUGGACCAAUAGGAAGGAAUACCUCUUUUGAAGGUGACUGAAACAUCAACGAACACUAAAAAAGAACAAGUAGAUUGAUAGGCAGGUGACCACUGUUAUUUGGGUAGCUAGGCCUGACGAAGACGAAGUGAGUCCGAUUUAUGCGCGAAUAAAUACUCGCACUCGCCGACUCUAAUGCGAAGCAUGUUUAUAUUGGGAAUGAUGUCGAUUGUUGCUUGUUUCUGCUGUAUUCGACGGUCAAAAGUGCAUCCCGGAGACGUUUGGUUCGCGCUGAUGCCAUGGCUUGGAAGGUUUUCGGUUUCGAAACAAGGAGUUACUAGGUACUAGCAAUAGUAUGGUUUUGAUGAUUUAAAUAGUUUUCUUGUACUUCAUGAACGAUCAUCAUGGUAAGAGGGACAACAGCAUCCAUGCAUACUUACGUGGUACGUGUGGUCUUGCAGUAUGAUUAGGGUACUUCCACUGAGAUGCAAUCCAGCGUCGAAAAUGGUUUCUACUCUAUCUCUCGUACUUUCUGUUCUUCGUCAAUCAUCUCCUGCUUAUGAAAAACAUUGUUAAAGAACAGGCACCGCAUCGUUUCCCCUAGGGAAAAGGAUGAACUGGAGACGAUUGAACGGGCAAUCCGUGGAGCCGAAUUACCAAAACCAAAAUUACCCCUGGAAGAAAUUAGCCCUGCUGCUGCAAGCUACCGAAGCAAGCGCUCUCUCACAGAUACCUGUACAACAUGUUAUUUUUUAUCAUGAUCACACUACAUUUGCAUCUGGAGCGUCUAUUUAGAAGCAGAAGUUGUUGCUGAUGUACUUGUAGCAGGUUCAUUCAUUGUUUAAGUGAGGCGGAUGAUUGUGAAAAAUCAAAAAUCCUGAUGUACUUCUAGUUCUAGUUCUAGUACUACUGCCACUAGCUAUUCCAAUUUAUAGCGUCGAAGAAGAAGCAGUAGAUGAACUGCAAUCUUUUUAAUAUUCUUAGAGGUAGAUUCAAGUAGUACGAGUAAAUUUCUGUUUCACUCAACUUCUUCCUUACAGGCACCCACACCCAUCGCUCCUCGAUCCACUCCCCUGAUCCGCCACGACAACCUUUUCCUUUACCCGACACCUUGGAUGAAACCGGCGUGAUGCACCAGUCGUUCAUGAUAGAAAAUGGAAAGUGUGGCUACGACUACAUAGACGACGACUUCUCCCCAGGCCCCUGGGAGUGUGAACUCUGUGCCUUCGGAAACCCAUCGCAUGUCCAGAAAUGUGUCGCUUGUCAUCGAGUUAGAGGGUAUUGAAACUGAAUCUGAAGACGAUGACGACUGAAAACGAUGUCGAUGACGACUCAGCCUUCUUUUUAUUUACAACUCCUAUGAAGUUUUUGAUUCAACUUCAACAAUUGAAUCCUUUUUUUGAUGAACGAGAUACUUCCUACAACAAGUACUCAGUCACAGCCACGACUACCUCCUAGUUCUAGCAGUUGCACAACCUUCAUUCAAGAUACUACAUAAAUCUACAUCUAGGUACAGCUUCUUCUUCUUGUGCAAAUACCUCUUUUGGACAUACAUCAACAUGAUCUCUACUUCUCAGGUACAUGCCUCGUCGCGCUCACAAAAAGAAAAACUACGACACAGUGGACACCAUGGUUAAGAAAGCACAAAGAGCAAUGAAAAAAGCACAACCCGAAAUCUUCGGAGAUGAUGGAAAUACCACCGAUGACACGCGGUCUGUCGUUAGCUUCCGCAGUGUUCAGUCCCACAUGUCACCCGAGACGCGGAUUGCCAUUGCAGACGAAAAACACAGCAAAAUUCGCCCAGCUGAAGCAGAAGAUGGUAGACAAAGACUGUACUAGAUUGUCAUUGUAGAAAAAAUUUAACAUUCAUCUAUUCUACUUCCACAGGAUCACGAUCAUGUUGAACAUGAACGAAGGUAAGCUGAAGAUAAAAAUAUAUCAACAAUUGGAAAUCGAAAUAUUAAGCUGAUUUUCUUGGUCACGUAUGAGUAUGAUAUCAUGACGUUCACGUGGUCUACUACUACCUCACAGGUACUUGGGACGGCACAAUCGGCAACCGACCUACUGCUACGAGUAAGUUCAAGUCCUCGUUAGCUAGCAAAAAGCCAUUUGACGGAAAGUACAAGGACAGGGACGACGAAGAGAAGAAAAAAGAGAUUGCGAAGCAAAUGAAAGCCGGACAAUCAGCAAGCCCAGCUCCCAACCCUAAGGCAAUAUCAUACUGGGAUCAGUUAAUGCAGGGAACCUAUCCUCCACCGGUAUAUAUUUAUAAUUCUCGUGUGUAUUUCUAUUUUCCCAUCCUCUGGUGUGACUUUUCGUUUUCCUUGCACUUUCAACAUGGCACACGCAGCAACAUAGUUUCUUCUUUUUAACACCCCCCACGUCCACCCGCAUCAAUUGCUAGAAGUACUUCUAAGCAAUAAAUGCAAUUGAUGCAGCAAACUUUGAAAAAUGCAGGAUCUUUAUAAGAUUUAAGGAUAUAAUUAAUUUUGAUAGCUCAUGAUUUAGCUUCUUGUUCACCAACACAAUUUGUUUCUUUUUUAGCUUCGUCCUACAAAUAGUACCACGCUGAUCACAUCUCAGGAAAUGCCUCCAGUUGAUGAAAGGCACGCAAAUAAGGUGCUGGAACGCGCAAAGGAGGAUCCAGAUUUCAGUCCCGGGAACGCUAACGGCACUUCGAAAAAUGUACCGAAAAAGCCGCCACAACUCUCGUCCAAUAUGAAGUACCGAGAAGGCAUGCUGAAUCGCUUCAACUUCGAGGGAAGCAACUUGAGCAAGGAUCAGCGGGCAGAACUGAAGUUCCUAGAGCGAGGCGAGGUUGAGGAGCCAGGAACUCCGGAUAGUCGCGCGCCGAUGCGGGUGCGGAACAAGAAUGGCAGAGGUUCCGGCCACGCAUCGUCCCAGGACGACGAGAAAGACGACAUCGGGCGACUUUCGGACCUGCCAGAAGACGACGAAGAGACGGCGCGAGCAAUUGCAGCUUUGCGGCAAGCCGGUUUCUCCGAGGAUGCCGUCGUUCAGUUUCAGGAGAGGGAAGAGAAAAAGGACUGGCAACGGAAUGUGCGAGAAAACAUGCAGGCUGUCAAUGUCACCAAGAACGCCGACCACAAACGACGGAAACCGCUAAAGCAAAACCCGGAGGUAGUGGAGCAGUAUCACAAUGCAGAAUUGAAAAGCGGACGUCGAGUGAUGGACCGGCUGACAUCUUCGGAUGUGAUGCGUGAAGUUGGACCGGCCAGUGCAGAGCGGGACUCAUACAAAGCCUGGAACCGAUCGGCGUUGCAGCACGAGGGUAUAGGGGAUCGGGAAGACGACGAACGUUCGUAUCAUAGCAGCACAAGCGAAGAGGAGCUCAAUGCCACAGCUGGUGAAGAUGGUCAAGAUGCCGAGAGAGGAGGUAAGGUAUGCGGUGGAUCAUAUUUCGGCGGUGGCGCAACCGCCGCCAAAGGAGCGUCUGUCAUGUCGAGGUGGCUGCCUUGGAACAGAGGGCAAAAAAAGGCAGAAUCCUCUCCAGCAAAUAAAGCGCGUCAAUCAGAGAAGAAAAAAUCAUCUUCCAAACGUCGCUCUGCAAGUAAAGAUGAAAAUAAUGGCGCCGAAAAAUCAGAAUCUCGACAGCCUCCGGUAGAGGGAAGCAGUACGACGACUUUAGGCAAUAAAGUAAACGGAAGUCGAAAACGAAGUCGCAGCAAGGACAGCGAAAAUGUAUCCGACAGAGAAAUAGAUCAGUCCACCUCCACGAAGAGCAAAAAAAGUGGUCUCCUGAUGAAUGCGGCGCGGUCUCGAUCGUUCUCGAAACAACAGGAUGCUGUGGUGCCUUUCCACCCGUCUCAGUCAUCGGACGACCAACGAGAACCUCCUUCGGCCGGUCGAAAUCUGUCACAGCCGAGGCGAAGCCGGCUCCGAAGCAAGGAGCAAUUUCAAGAUCAUGAUCAUGAUCUAGCGGACGGGCUGUCUUCUCCGGAUAAGCCGCCACCCCAGCCGUUCUAUGCGUCACCGGAUAAGCAGCGAACGAACGCGUCCUCGUGGAUGCGAUCAACCAAAAGCAGUGCUUCCAGGGGCUCGAAGAAGAUGCUCCCGCCAGGCAUGGGCGAGAGCAACAGAUGGACCGCCAAGCAAAUGAGCGCGCACAAGGGAGCAGUGCCAUUGCACAAACUAGGGGAGCUACUUGGAGGAAACGGCAAGGCCUUGGACGAUGCGGACGAGAGAGACGACUUGUUGAAUUUCAGUCGCCCAGAUCCUGUUAGCAAACUACAGCAUAACAACAACAAGAACAACAACUACUACAAGCCUCCGCCUUCUACUUCUCAUCAACAACCUCCAGCACCAGGUGGACCAGUCAGAACGACUAGUACAGGCGCACGAAGAGGAAGCCCAGGAGACGAAGACGAGGAAUCUGUCUCGCCUAGGCGCCUCCAGGACCUGAUGAAUCAGCGCAUUAUCGAAAAUGACAUUCGAAAAGGCAAAGACCGCAGUCCGCCUCCUCUGCCACCACUGACGGGACCCAAGGCGAGGGCCGGAAGUAAAAGCAGCGCGGCACAAGAUGGAGACGCGGGGGCUGAUGGAGACGUAGAGGGAGAUGGCGUGCUCAAUUUCGACAAAGCAGGGGCUUCUAGAGGACGAAACAGGAGCCGUAAGAAAGAGGAUUUGAGCAAGCGUGUGCCACCCAGUGCGCCGACUGCCGAUGGGCUCAUACCGAACGACGGGACGCCCCCAGGAAGCGAGUCGCCAGGUAAGCGAGUGCGCGCAACAAACGCGCGCGUGCCUAAGCCAAGCCAGCUCUUAGGAGCUCUGAAGGGCCUUGUCGGGUCAGGCGGCGCAAGCUCCUCAACUUCCGAUGCGUUUGCUGCAACAAGUAAGAAGUCAUCAUCUAAACAAGCAAAUAAAAACGCUGGAGGACGCAAUGCUUCCACCAGUAAAACAAGAGGUCAAGGACAUCAGUCUGAUCUUGACGUGUUGUCGGACUUCACUAAUGAUCAUCCCGACAAUGCGGACUAUCGUGGCGGAGUUUCUCCAGACAAACACCGUCGUGGCUCUAGCUCUGGAGGGAGCGAGGACGACGAUGGCGGCAACAUUACUAGAACAACUGGCGGAGGAGCUGCUGAUGGUAACAAAAGGAGUGCAUCCAGCGGAUCCGUUCGAGGACGAGGGCUCUUUCCUUCGUCAAUAAUAGGACGUCUGCUGCCGGGCAGUGCGCGCGAACCCCCGAGAAGUGCUGGCUCUGUGCUUAGCGGCGUCUUUGGUGGUCGCUCGCGCAGCGUGAGCAAUAACGCAACUACUAGCAAGACGGGUGCGGGAACUAAACAAGGCGACCAACGUGGUUUUCAAAUGAAAUCGUCCCUCAAAUCUUCAAUCACAGGAGGAGAUAAACAAGGCAACAGCAAGGAAGAUAGCAACAAAAAGCGGGUGUCCAUCAAUGCUGAGGAGAAACCAAAGCGCCUACGAAGUGCCAACCGCUAUGCUAUAGGACCGACAGGGGACCGUGGCUUCGAACUAGCAAAAACUAACUUAAACUCAAAUAUGAGCGAACUCCAAGCCUUUCUGCGAUCUCAAAAAGGUGCUUAAACAGGAUAUUGAAGUUGAAGUUCAUGAAAGAAUCAUUUUUAGAUGUGAAGGUACUGCUCUCAUCGAAAAAUACCAUCUUCAGACCACGAAACUACAAGAAUAGGCUAUUCUUUGAUUUGAUAAAAAAGAAAGACAGGAGGUAGACAACGAGAACUUUCUUUGGCAAAGGUUGUGACUCCUUACGUCAAAACCAUCGAUUUCUUUCUCUGUAUAGGCAAUUUGUAAAGGAGCUAUGUUUGAAACCGUUUUUUUCUGUACAAGGCCAAGACUAUAUAUUAUAAAGAUCAUCCACAUCUGGGGAACAACUUUAUUUCUAUAUCACUAUUCCUUUUCGUUUUCAAUUCCAUAGUCAUUGAAAGGUAAGAAUCAACUCUUUUUUGACUUUGUCAGUCAGCCUUCCAGGAUUAAAAGAUAGUAGCAACAUUUUUCGCCGGUGGACGUGGAGUUGUAAGUCUUUUUCUUCUACUACUAGUUCUUUGCUCUGUUGUAUCAUGUGAUGUCGCCAUCGAUAUGUUAAGGUGAAAUAUGAUUUCUGAUUCUCCUAGUAAUAUUCAUCGUGCUGCAGAACAAGAAUAGCCUGUAAUUGGCGGAUCAAAGUUAGCUGCAGUUAUUCUGUUGUUGUAAUAGAAUCGUAAAUAUAAGAUAAAGAGGAUGAUGGUGGACGAUUAUUAUGAAAUGUAGAGCUCAACAGGCAACAGCAGUUGUAAGCUACAAAUACAAAUAGAUGAAAAAGAAAAACUACUUAUUCAACCCCCAGCUAAGCGCAAUUAUGGUAAUGCACAAAACAAAACUAACGAUUCUCUACAGAUGAUAUCUGGAUUUUGACUGCACGCCUACUAGUACAAGAAGGACGAGCGACCCCAUUAACGACGCAACCCGUCGCACUUGAUAACUCGCUUAUGCAAAUAUGGUGUAGAGGAAGAAACCCAGCCUAGAAAAAUUGAAGAAAGGAACGCAGAACCGAAGAUACAAAUGAGAACGACAAGAAGAAGGGAAGUGGACACCAGUCUCCUCGGAACCGGACAAAACGAGCUCUGUGUAUGUGCAUGUUGUCCCUACUCACGAUUCGCACGUAGGAGUCUUGUGAUCUUCUACCUCCUGGAACAUGACCAAGUAGAAACACGAAGACCAUACAUUACAAAUAGCUUACGAAAAAACCGUGUCC